UUGAGUUGGUCACUACAUUUCAAAAUAUACAUUUUUUUAAUAAAAUAAAGUAAAAAUAAAUAUAAACGAAAGCAAAAACAUUUCGAAAAGGCAUGGAAGACGACACAGAGAACAGUCCUGCAGAGAAACCUCAAAAUGAAGUACAUGGUUCAGAUGAUGGAAAUGGUGGUACCGGCGACACUAAGGGAAAUACGACCAAUUCUAUCAAAAUUGAUGAAGGUGAGGGCCCAGUCGACCACGCUACAGGUGAUAAUAAAGUUAUAGAACCUCCUUUCGAAUUAAAAGAUCCAAAUUCCAAUAUAAAUCCAAAAAAUGACAGUUCCGUCAAUAAACUUCAAUCAAAUGCGGGAGAUAUUGCCUUUAACAAAGAAAACUCCAAUGAAAGCCCUACUAAACAACAUGCCUCUGUAGGGACAGAUUUAAUUGCGCCACAAAAUAUUUGUGACACUACAGAAUUAAAUAACAAUAACACCAAGGACCAAACUACUCUUACAGAGGCAGAUUUCAAUAGAACUGACACUGUUAAAGGAUCCAAAAACAGCACAACACAAGGAAAUGAAGCACAGAAUGCCGAGGAAAAUCAGGAAAAUUGGCCCAUCGAAGAUAUUCUAACAUUGAUUGAUAAUAUUGAGUCAUAUAUAACACAACACAAAAUAUUAUCCACACGCAUUGGUCGACACGCUUGGGCAAAAUUAAAAUUUAACAACCAUACAGAAGAUGAUUGUAAAUACGUAUGGAGUUUACUUUAUGGAAAAUUGAGAAAGUUCAGGUUAUUAAGUGAGGUUCUUGUAGAUGCCCGAAACUACAUUAAAUUUUAUCAAAAUAAUCCGGGCUAUGAACUAGAUCUUAAAAUAACUGAGAAGCGACCGAAAAAACCACCAUCACCAUUUACUUUUUACGUACUCUCAGAAAAGGAAAGGCAGACUUUGGCGUCCACAGAUAAAGAGCAGUUUAAGAAGACUUGCAGAGAUGAGUGGAAUAAAAUGUCAGAUGAUUCCAAAUUAGUUUGGAUAGGUUUAGCACUGUUACAUCAAGAACAAUACGAACAAGAGAUGAAAUUAUAUAAAACAAUUCAUCCUCAAUAUGAAGAUUAUAAAGCAGUUAAACUUAGCAAAAAAGAGAGCAAUAUUUUGGAACAGGCAACUGGUAAACCCAUUAAACCACCUUCAAAUCCUUAUUUGCUCUUCUCACAACAAUUGCUAAAAAGUGAUCAAAUCAAAAACAUUCCUCCAAGGCGCAGAAUUACCUACGUGGCGUCAGAAUGGCAGGCUUGCAACGAAGAGAGAAAACGAAUAUACAAGACACAACAUGCGCAGUUAAUAGAAGAGUAUAAAAAGAAUUACGAAGAAUAUUUGAAUACUGUUCCCGAAGAUGUGGAUUACGCGUUUGAAACUUCAUAUGGAAGGAAGCGUAAAUCGAGUGAAAGAAAUUCGCCCUUGCCUAAAAAGCGACAUAAAUCCAUGGAACCGUCAGACUUUCCGGAGGCCUAUGAAGCUUUUGCAAAAAAUUACUCGGGACGACAAGACCCUGCUACAAUUUGGAGAAACUUAGCCCCAGAAAUGAGAGAGAGAUAUUAUGAACAUUUAAUGCUUGAGAAAGUUAGGCACAUUACCUUUCUUCAGACGCUCACUGAAGACUUGAUUAAGUCGAGACAAAACAGUUUAUGGCGAUUUUCAACUUAAAGCAGGAGAAAUAUUAACGUUCCUUGAGUAAUCGUUUAUAUAUAAAAAAUACAGCAAAUUUUUUAUGCAAAUUAUAUACAUAUUUAUACAUAUUAAAAAAUAUAAAUUACUGUAGAAUUUUUUUAAAUAAAAUAAGUAAAAAUAU